AUGAGUGUCAAAGAGGCCGUCAACAGGGUUGAGGAAAAGGUCAAAGACCUUGUCCUCGACAACAAAGACAACAAAAGUUCAGAGAAGGGCAACGGAAAGUCGAAGAAUAAGCAAGACUCGAAGCAGAGCUCGCUUUAUCUAGACCCUGAGCCAGAUUUCAUCGAUGAGAGAAACCAGCUCUUCGACAAAUUGUUGAAGGAGUACCAAGAGAAGGUCGAGCAGAUGCCACGUGUCCCUAUCAAAGUCGUGUUGAAGGACGGUUCCGAGAAAGAGGCCACUGCGUGGGAGACCACUCCUAUGGACAUUGCCAAGCAGAUCGCUAAGUCGUUCCCCGACAAACAGUGCAUUUCCAAGGCCAACGGUCAGCUGUGGGAUCUUGAAAGACCCUUGGAGGGUAAGGAGGGCGAUGAGGUCAAGCUCGAGUUUUUCGACUUUGACUCCGACGAGGGUAAGAGGGUUUUCUGGCACUCUUCUGCACACGUGCUCGGUGAGGCCUGCGAGUGUAACCUAGGCGCCCAUAUCUGCCUGGGUCCUCCAACCGAAGACGGGUUUUUCUAUGAGUUUGCUGUCAAGAACGCUCCUAACGCGCCUGCUGACGCACCAGAGAGAACUGUGUCUCAGAACGACUUCCCCGCCUUGGAGAGUGUCUCCAAGAAUGUCAUCAAGGAGAAGCAAAAGUUUGAGAGACUGGUCAUGUCCAAGGAAGACCUGCUCAAAAUGUUCCACUACUCCAAGUUCAAGACCUAUUUGGUGUCAACUAAGGUUCCAGAUGGAGGUUCUACCACGGUCUACCGUUGCGGUAAGCUGAUCGACUUGUGUGUGGGCCCACACAUCCCUCACACAGGCCGCAUCAAGGCCUUCAAGCUUCUGAAAAACUCUUCCUGCUACUUUUUGGGAGACUCUAACAACGACUCUUUGCAGAGAAUCUACGGUAUCUCUUUCCCAGACAAGAAGUUGAUGGACGCGCACCUAAAGUUUUUGGCCGAAGCAUCCAUGAGAGACCACAGAAAGAUUGGUAGGGAGCAAGAGCUUUUCUACUUCAAUGAGAUGUCUCCAGGGUCCUGCUUCUGGCUCCCUCACGGUACCAGAAUCUACAACAACCUGGUCGACCUGAUGAGGGCCGAGUACCGUAAGAGAGGCUUCGAUGAGGUUAUCACUCCAAACAUGUAUAACUCCAAGCUGUGGGAAACUUCUGGUCACUGGGGCAACUACAAAGAAAACAUGUUCACCUUCGAAGUUGAGAAGGAGACUUUCGGUUUAAAGCCAAUGAACUGCCCCGGCCACUGUAUCUUGUUCAAGUCCAGAGAGCGUUCCUACAAGGAGCUGCCAUGGAGGGUUGCCGACUUUGGUGUCAUCCACAGAAACGAGUUUUCCGGUGCACUCACCGGUUUGACUCGUGUUAGAAGAUUCCAACAGGACGAUGCUCACAUUUUCUGCGCUCAGAACCAGAUUGAGCAGGAAAUCGAAAACUGCUUCAGCUUCCUGCAAUACGUGUAUGGAGUGUUCGGCUUUGAGUUCAAGAUGGAACUCUCAACACGUCCAGAGAAGUUCGUCGGUGAGAUUGAGACUUGGAACAACGCCGAGGCUAAGCUGGAAUCUGCUUUGAGGAAGUGGGGUGGCAACUGGGAGCUGAACCCAGGCGAUGGUGCCUUCUACGGCCCUAAGAUCGACAUCAAGAUCUCUGAUGCGCUAAGAAGAUGGCAUCAGUGUGCCACCAUUCAGCUUGACUUCCAAUUGCCAAACAGAUUCGAGCUGGAGUUCAAGUCCAAGGACAACCAAGAGAAUGAAAACUACGAGAGACCUGUGAUGAUUCACCGUGCCAUCCUGGGUUCUGUUGAAAGAAUGACUGCUAUUUUGACCGAACACUUUGCUGGCAAGUGGCCAUUCUGGUUGUCUCCACGUCAAGUGUUGGUGGUCCCUGUUGGUGUGAAAUACCAAGAAUACGCUCAGGAAGUGCGUGACAAACUCUGUGAACAGGACUUCUACGCAGAUGUCGACUUGACUGGUAACACCUUGCAAAAGAAGGUCAGAAACGGUCAAAUGUUGAAAUACAACUUCAUCUUCAUUGUUGGCGAGCAGGAAAUGACUGAGAAAUCCGUCAACAUCAGAAACAGAGAUGUGAUAGAACAGCAAGGUAAGAACGCCACCAUUGCAUUCGAAACCGUGCUACAGCAGCUCAAGAAACUGAAGGAAGAAAAGAGACUAGAUAACGUCUUGAACUAG